AUAUAUAUGCGUAUAUAUAGCAUAAGAAAGUCUUCUGCUACGAAGCCCUAGGGAUCAUACAGACCGUACAGGUCACAGGAAAAAAAUAUACCAGCGAAGCUGUGUAUCGUCGUGGUUUCAACAAAUACGGCGGCGUUUCAGAUGGAUAAGCGUCGUAAGAAGCAACCAAAGCCCAAUCGCCCCGUCGCCUCCUCCUCCGAAGAAGUGAGUAGUAUCGGGUGGGAAGUGGUAAACAUGUCCCGGGAAGAAGAGGAUUUGAUUUGCAGGAUGCAUAAGCUUGUUGGUGACAGGUGGGAGUUAAUAGCUGGGAGGAUCCCAGGGAGAACAGCAGAAGAAAUCGAGAGGUUUUGGAUCAUGAAGAACCAUCGAAGAUCCCAAUUACGUUGAUCUUCCCCCCCUUCUUUCUAUCAUAUCAUAUUUUAUCACCUUUUUUUUAUUAUUAAUUUUUGUCCGACCCAAGGCUUUUGCUUCUUUCCUCCCUUGUAGUUUUUCUCUGUGUGUUUUGGAUUAAAUUCGAGCUGGUUAUGUUCCGGGA